GCCAGAGCGACGAGAGCAGCCGCUUCCCCCACCGGAGCUCUCGGCCCCGGCGGCGCAGCCAGACAUGAGCAGCCCCGAUGCGGGCUACGCCAGCAGCGAGGACCAGGCUCAGGGGCGGUGCUCGUUGCCCGUUAUGAUGCCGGCCGUGGGCCCGUGCCCGUGGGCAGAGUCGCUGAGCCCGCUGGGCGAGGCGAAGGCGAAGGGCGAGGCGGCGGCGUCAGGGGCGUCGGGCGGCCGGAGCAAGAGCGAGGCGCGGAUCCGGCGGCCCAUGAAUGCCUUCAUGGUGUGGGCGAAGGACGAGCGCAAGCGACUGGCUCAGCAGAACCCGGACCUGCACAACGCCGAGCUCAGCAAGAUGCUGGGUAAAUCGUGGAAGGCGCUGUCGCUGUCGGAGAAGCGCCCGUUCGUGGAGGAGGCGGAGCGGCUGCGGGUGCAGCACAUGCAGGACCACCCCAACUACAAGUACCGGCCGCGGCGGCGGAAACAGGUGAAGCGCCUGAAGCGGGUGGAGAGCGGCUUCCUGCAGCACGGCCUGGCGGAGCCGGCGGGGCCCGGGCUGAGCACCGAGGCAGGCGGCAGCAGCGGCAGGAUGUGCGUGGAGGGCCUGAGCCUGCCCUACGGCGAGCAGGGCUACGCGGUGUCGGGCGUGGGCCACUACCGGGACUGUCCGCCGCUGGGCGCCGGCUUCGACGGGUACAGCCUGCCGACGCCGGACCCGUCGCCGCUGGACACGGUGGAGAGCGAAGCGCCGUUCCUGGCGGCGGGGCUGCAGGAGGAGUGCGCGCUGGUGCCCUACGGCUUCGCCCCGCACCCGGCGGCAGCGGGCGAGUACUCGGCGGCGGCGGGCGAGAGCCCGGCGGGCGCGGCGCUGCGCCGGCACCUGCCUUCCGGCGAGGCGCUGGGCCCGGGCCCCGCGCUGCAGGGGCUGCAGGGGCUGCUGGGCUGCCCGGCGCCGUUGCACGCCUACUACGGGCAGGCGUGCCAGCCGCCGGGCCCGGGGCGCGGCCCGUUGCCGCCGGGGGCCGUCGGGCAGCCGUCGCCGCCGCCCGAGGCGGCGCCGUGCCGGGAGCAGCUGGAGCAGCUGCCGCCGGAGGAGCUGCUGGGCGAGGUGGACCGCACCGAGUUCGAGCAGUACCUGCACUUCGCCUGCAAGCCCGAGCUGGGGCUGACCUUCGCCGGACACGACGUGGCCGAGAGCGUGGGGCCCGUCUCCUCGGCCGUGUCGGACGCCAGCACCGCCGUGUACUACUGCGGCUACCCCGACGUGUGAGGGCCUCCUCGGGAACGCGG